GAGAAUAUGAAAGCGCGCGAACGUAUGCGCAGAGCUAACGAAGGAGAAUAUCCCGACCUGUACAGGAAACUGUGAGAAAAUUUAUUUGCUGUAAUAUUCUAGAGUGUGAAGAAAGAAAUCAAAUAUGGCAGUACCACAAUUAGACCCGGCAAAGCUGCAAUUGGUCCAGGAGUUGGAGAUUGAGAUGAUGUCCGACAUGUACAAUCGUCUAGUAACCACCUGUCAUCGAAAAUGCAUACCCUUGAAGUACCAUGAACCGGAACUUGGGAAAGGUGAAUCAGUCUGCUUGGAUCGCUGUGUUGCGAAAUAUUUAGAUGUUCACGAACGCAUCGGUAAAAAAUUGUCAAACAUGUCCCAAGGAGACUCUGAAGAUCUUACCAAAAUAAACUUGCAAGAAACCAAAAAAUAGUAGAAGCUAUCAAAAGUAAUUAUAACUUGCAGUAAAUUGUGCCAUAGACAAUAUGGUUUUUUUUAUUUCACAUUUAGAACAGACCUCCUUUUUGUUUGAUUUUUAUUAU